GGCUGCUGACCAGGCUGGCCAUGGCGUGUCCCCUGGAGCAGGCACUGGCUGUGAUGGUCACCACCUUCCACAAGUACUCGGGGAAGGAGGGGGACAAGUUCAAGCUCAGCAAGGCCGAGCUCAAGGACCUGCUGAACAAGGAGCUGCCCAUCUUCGGGAGCAAACAAAUGGAUGAGGCGGAAUUCAAGCGGCUGGUGAACGACCUGGACCACAACAAGGACAGCGAGGUGGAUUUCAAGGAGUACGUGUGUUUCCUGGCCUGCAUCACCAUGGGCUUCAACGACUUCUUCAAGGACGACCCCAGCAAGCAGCACCGCAGGAAGUGA